AUGUGUAGCUGCUGUUCCAGUAUUCAACUGUUUCCGGAUCCUUACUCCUGUACCGGGUACUACUUCUGUGAAUCCAUCGGUGCACCGGGUGAUGCCUACAAGUGUGACACGGGGUACAACUACAACAGCAAGGUUCAACUGUGUCAGCGUGGCUUCACCGGGUGUCAAGUGGCCAACUGCACGGGCGUCACCGCAAUCUUCACGACGUACUUUGGAAAUCCGCAGUACUUUUACUACUGCAAGGCCAAUCCGGAUGAUGCUACGGCACCGAAACAGCCCGUGAUGUUCUCGUGCGGUAGUGGAGCCACGUUGAACGCGAAGCUGGGCAAGUGCAUCUACAAUUGUCCUCGUGAGGGACUGUUCAAGAAAGAUGGCAGUCCGUCAUCGUACUACCAGUGCGCUUACACCGCCGGAGUUCUUGUGUCCCAGGAGAAGAAAUGUCCGACCGCGGGACAGGUGUUUGACGAUACGAAGAAGACAUGCGUGAAGGGACCGGCGACCACGACUACGCCAGCGCCAGCGGCUUCGCUCAGGAAGCUUUCCUACAAACGUUGGUAA